AUAGCCGGAUGUUAUAUAGUGACCCAUAUCUACCUGUAUUACAGAUAGCCGGAUGUUAUAUAGUGACCCAUAUCUACCUGUCGGAUCUGACCCCACGGGACAAACGACGGACCGUCUGGCUGUCUUUCCUGGAAGGUGCCAAAGGUGUCGUGUCCAGCAUCCUGCACUACACUACUGGUCAGCUGAUUGUGUCCACCGGCUACCUUAUCCCGUCUCUCAUGUCUGCCAGCUUCAUGGCGCUCGGGCUGAUAUUGACAUAUUUCCUCCCCGACCGUCGACCACGCCUGGGUCAACAGAGGGAGAAAUGGUCCUUGCGGACUUACGUGAAAAAUUUAACGUCACCUUUCAACAAAUCUCAGGAGAGGAGGGUCAAACAGAUGAUUGGACUGGCGCUGUUUUCUUUUUUUAUAUACAUGGUCGCCAUAGUGGGAUACUCAAUGAUACAAGACCUGUACAUGAUGAACCACCCCUUCUGCUGGGAUGCCGUCAAGAUUGGCUGGUUCCAGACUGGGCAGCAGAUCACCUACAGCCUGUUCAUCAUCAUGGCCGUGCCUCUCCUGAUAGGGCGCCUCCCCGGGGUGUUGCUGGGGGUGCUGGGCGCCCUCACGUCUGUCGGCUCGUGCGUCAUGUUUGCUGUGGCGUCAAACGACGCGGAGAUUUACUCGAUUAUCCUUCUGUCCAUCGGCAUGGCUCUACCCCUCGGGGUCAUCAGGGGGGAGACGUCACGGCUCGUUGGAGCCGAGCCGCAGGGUUCCCUGUUCUCCCUGCUGGGUGUCUGUGAGAGUAUCAGCUUUGUGGCGGGCGUCCCGGCCCUAUCGCUGUACAGCGCGUCCCUGGGGGUGUACAGGGGGCUGACGUACCUCGUCAUAGCUGGGGUCUUCUCUAUCGUCGCCCUGGCCCUCAGUAUCUAUCACGUGAUCUGGCGAGCGCACACGAAGCAGCAUUCCCAGUAGACCGCCAUUUUGUUUGUCUCAUGUAUGGCAACACUAACAGGAAGUUGCCAGAUCCCUUGCAUGUCAGCUGAUCUACAACACACACCAAAGACGUCGUGUACAGAUGCACAUAUUUUUAGGAGGAUUGUGCUAAAAAAAAUAUCUAUGCAACUACAUUAGUUAAAUUUAGUUAACACAAAUUACUGCUGAUAUAACAUGUAGUGAUCCCAGGGACAAGAACAAGCAGUAGAUAAUUCAAACCAGGACAUCACAAUAACAGAAAAACUCGGAUCUUAUGGGAUAACCCACACCAAAGACUAGUAAAAUAAACUUGGACCAUACUGAACAAUAAAAUAAAACAUCUAGUUAAAACAUUUUUAAAAAGUUUCCUCUGGCAUGUAAUUUACAGCGUCAGUUUUUACCUUGUCAUUUUCGCUCUAGUAUUAGUUUUCAUCAGAGUAAUAAUUCUUCUAGAUAUUUACUAACUUUCUGAAUUAAGCAGGUAUUCAAAAUAGUCCAUGUGUAAUAUUAGAUUAAGUGAUAAGGGGUCGUCCA